ACCAACCAUCAGAGCCGAUUCAUUCACAUCUGCUCAGUGGGGCGACAAGGACACGGCUUUAGGUGGGAAAGAGGGCAGAAAAAAGUUCACUAUUCCCUGCCGGGUGCCAAGAGAACGGGACAGGACUCGACUUCGCCGGAGCCGCAGCUGUGUGCUACGGACCGAUCAUGGGUGACUGGAGCUUUCUGGGUAAUAUUUUAGAGGAAGUGAAUGAGCACUCGACGGUGAUCGGCCGGGUGUGGCUCACGGUGCUCUUCAUCUUCCGCAUCCUCAUCCUCGGCACGGCGGCCGAGUUUGUGUGGGGAGACGAGCAGAGCGAUUAUGUCUGCAACACGCAGCAGCCUGGUUGCGAGAAUGUGUGUUACGAUGAGGCCUUCCCCAUCUCCCACAUCCGCCUGUGGGUCCUCCAGAUCAUCUUCGUCUCCACGCCGUCUCUGGUCUACGUGGGCCAUGCUGUACAUCACGUUCACAUGGAGGAAAAGCGCAAAGAGCGCGAGGAGGCGGAGCUUAGCCGUCAGCAGGAGCUAAGCGAGGAGCGGUUGCCGCUGGCGCCCGACCAGGGAAGCGUCCGCACCACCAAGGAGACGAGCACCAAGGGAAGUAAGAAGUUCCGCUUGGAGGGCACACUGCUGAGGACCUACAUCUGCCACAUCAUCUUCAAAACUCUGUUUGAGGUGGGAUUCGUUGUGGGCCAGUACUUCCUGUACGGCUUCCGCAUCCUGCCACUGUACAAGUGCAGCCGCUGGCCCUGCCCAAACACGGUGGACUGCUUCGUGUCUCGCCCCACAGAGAAGACCGUCUUCAUCAUCUUCAUGCUGGCCGUGGCCUGCGUCUCGCUCUUCCUCAAUUUCGUGGAGAUCAGUCACUUGGGCCUGAAGAAAAUACGCUUUGUCUUCAGGAAACCAGGUCCCGCCCCAGCCCAGGGUGAGGGCUCAUCCCCCCUGCCCCUCCCAGGGAAGAGCCUGCCCCCCCUGACCGUGCCUUCUCUGCAGAGGGCCAAGGGCUACCGGCUGCUCGAGGAGGAGAAGGUGCCCCCUGUCACACACCUGUACCCUCUGACAGAGGUGGGCAUGGAGGCUGGGAGGCUGGCACCACCCUUCCAGAGUCUGGAGGAGAAGCCGGAGGAGGUCUUGCCCAUGGAAGAAAUCUCUAAGGUGUAUGAUGAGACUCUUCCCUCCUACGCCCAGACCACUGAGACAGCAGGGGUGACACUACACCCGGAGGAGCCCGAGGAAGAGGUGCAGGCGAGGGAGGUGUCAGAGGAGAGGGUGGAGGAGGUGGUGGAUGAGGAGGAGGAGGUGGAGGAGGAGGUUGACGGGGAGGGUGGGCCACCUGCAGAGGUGGGGAUGGAGGCGGCAGAUACGAUAGAAGAUACGAGACCACUGAGCAGGUUGAGUAAGGCCAGCAGCAGGGCACGGUCAGACGAUCUCACUGUAUGAAACUGUGAGGGAAAACACACACACGAGCACAUACACUCUUUUACUCACAUUAGCUUACAUUGAAUGCAAGGGAGCAAACACAAAUCUAACUCAAAAUGACACUCUUAAACCAGCAAGACAUUCACCAACGAAAACAAACAGAUACCAACAGGGAUGUAUUGAAACAGUUAUUUUUACUAUUAGGACAAAUAUAGUAUAAUUCAAGAAGGCAAAAAAAAGUUACAUGAGUGUUUGCAAGAUCAGUUAAAUAUGAUAAAGUAGCAGUAAACGACAGGGGGAUAGAUAUUUUUAUGAAGCGUGUUCUGAAAUGGGACUAAAAUGUGCUGAGGAAAAAUACAGAGGAGCAGUUUUUACUUGUUGAAAAUCCAUGUUACAUUUUUAGAAACAUCUUUUUCUAUCAGAAGAGUUUAACAAUAUACAAAUGAAGGAUUACUAAUUUUCACAUUUCUAUGGGGGUGUGAGCAGGCAGGGAAAAGAGAGAUCAUAUUCUUCUUGUGUGUCUGCAAACCAGUAAUCUGACUGUAGUUAGGCUCUCCCACUCGCCUACAGUGACAUACUGCUGCAGGAGGCCUCAUGGUGCUGUAGUUAGGGCAGCUGCACACCAAGUCCUUGUACAGAAACACCAUAUGCCAGUAAGGGUACAGCUUUAUAGCUCUUAGACAAGACAAGAGUCAGAUUUUAAACUGAGAAAAAAAGGGUUUACCUUUUGCACAUCCAGACUCUGUGCAGGGUCAUUUUGGCAUUCACUUCCCCUGGAAUACCAGACAACGUUUCUCUAGAGACAAAGAAUAUCUCUCUCUCUGUUGAUGUUCAUAGGAAGGGUCAGAACAGCCAAUGACGAGAAGAGAAGAAAAAACAUAUAGACCACAUGUUGAAUGUCUCUUUUCAAUGUGAUUAUUCUACAUCUUAUUUUAUUUUGGAUAGCUUGUGUUUCGUGGCCUUGUGUGCAAAACUGUGUACUGUGAUAAUGACUGUUGUCUGUUUAAAAAAAGAGAGAGGAGUGCUCAUUUUGCCUGAUCACAGACUGACCAUAGUAGCGACCUCAGGCCAAAUCCGCUCUUUUCGUGCUGUACAAACAGGCGUCCGGACGAUAAAGAUCACGCACCAUCAGCACAAAGUAUUGUUGAAGCAGGGACAAUAAAAAAGAAACCGCUCUCAUCAAUGAAAACAAGCAUCCUUGACAUUGCUGUGAAAAAUCCCUGUACUUGAUUCUAUCUGACUACAUUAUAACCCCGUACCAAUAUGAAAUACCAGGGACAUGUUUACAGAAAAUUCAGAGAGACAAACAAUUAAGGGCAAAACUUUUGUACAUAAAGUCCUAUUUGGUGUCUAAUAAUGUACAUAAUGCCAUAAACGGUUAUUUUUAGUUAUUUUACUAUGUCUAGUGAAAUCAGAAUAGCUAUAUUGAAUGUGAAUUUUGAUCCACUUAAAUAAGCAAACCUUCCAGAUUAAAAAGCAGCAUCGUAAAAAAGCUAAUGCCCAUUUCAAGCACUCUGCUUCAUUGACUCCAUUGGGAGAGUUCUCAUAUCCUGAGCUUGUGUUCACGCCACAGUUGUGGUCCUUAAUUUGCCAGAUUUUCUUAAAUACCUUCCCUUUUUUCGAUAAGCUUGAUUAUCUUUAUUGAAUGGUUGAAAAUAAGCACAAAUAUCAAGUGUUAUCAUAACCAAAUCAAUAACUGACUGUACAAAGCGACGCCUUAACUAUAGCUUAUGUUGAUCACAUCUCUAGUUCACACCCUUACCCUCUCUGCUUCAUUCAAAUAGCUUUGCUGCUGUGUUGCUUUCCAGUGUAAUUUAAUGUGCCUUAUAUGUAAAUGUAAAUUCUCAAAUGUUACUAAGCUGUAAUGAGUAAAGUGCCUGUUGUUCUGGGAACUAUGUAAACGUCAUGUUUUAUUUGCAUUUCUUUUUUGAGUUAAUCACUUAUGGCCUUUAUGCUCCCGCACCACAUUCAUAGGCAGUAAAAACCCUGUUUCCAAAGUGUGCUUUACCUACAGAGCCAUGCCAGGUGCAGCAAAAUAUUUAAUUCCAGGUUGUUCAAGGGAAUAGUGAAUAAUCUGUUUGCUCAACACUCACUAUCAAACAUACACACCCACAUAUACAAAGAUCUCUCUCUCACACACACACAUACAGACACGCAAACACAUGGUGUUGUUUCGGGGGUAUGAUCAAAGGGCACUAUAUCAAUUCUGACAAAACAGGCAGCUUUGAACCUUUGUGACCCCCAGCCACUCCUUUGCCUCCAAUAAUCCCAUGCUGUGACACAGGACAGCCUAUUAUGAGGAAAUGUCAAACAAAGUGACAUGUUUCUAAACUAAAAACAUUUCCUGGUUCUCAUGUGUGUUACAUCCAUGUUGCCGGUAUUAUAUGUUUCUCCUGUUUAAAGACAGUUGCCUCUCAUCUGUUUGUCAGAUCAUUUUAUUAAUCUUUGAAAGAACAAGAACCCUUUUUACUAACUCGUAGUGUUUUUAUCUCCUAGCUGUGUGACAGUAUCUUCUAUUGGAAAGUGAACCAAGGCAAUAAAAGGUCACACGUGG